GCCCAGGCUGCCGAGGCCCGAGCGCAGGCGGCGGAGGCCGCGGCUCAGGCGGCGCGAGAGCCCGGGCCGCAGCAGCCAGCCGGCCAGCCUGGUGGCAUGCAGCCGGGAGUGAACCGGUUGAUUGAUACGACGGUCCUCGGGAAGCCACGCGACUUCAACGGCGAGCCGGGGACCUGGCGUGACUGGAGCACGAUCUUUCGAGCUGACUCCAGCGCCUGCGAGCCGGCCCUGACGGAGCUCAUGGAGAGGGCUGAGCACUCGGACGAACCGGUGCUCAACGCAACGUUGCCUGAGGAGCAGGAGUUGCUUUCGUGGGACUUCGAAGGCGACGUCCCCUCGAAGCUGAUCGCCUUCGAUCGGAACGUCAAGCGCUACGAGCAGGUGGUCGGCACCGAGUUUCCCGACGAAAUCAAGAUAGGCAUCCUGGUCCGCUCUCUCAAGGAGGACCCGCUGCGCCACCACCUGUUGCUCAACAGCCAGCGGCUGGACACAUGGGAGCUGGUGAAGGCGGAGGUGGAGAACUUCAGGCGGGCCCAGAUCGCGACUACUGCAAGUGCUGGUGCGGGCUUGGCUCCGAUGGACAUCGGUUCACUGGCAAAGCAGCUAGCGGCUCUCGGCUUCAAGGGUGGCAGGAUCGGCAAGAUCGGCAACGGCAAGGGCAAGAUUGGCAAGCUCGGCAAAGGUCGCGGCAAAGGCAAGGACGACGGCAAGACUGGCAACGUGCCGAAGCCGAGGCCAUGCUGGACCUGCGGCUCGACGGCGCACCUGCGCAAGGACUGCCCGGUCGCGAAGAAGGCCGGCACCAUCGGCGAGCCGAUCCACGACGAAGGCCAGCGCAAGCUCAUGGUGCAGACUGGCGGCGCGCUGCGUGGCAUCAGGGCCCGGGUCGCGGGCGUCAGGAGGCCGCUGCUCUCGGUCCUCGACUUGGUGAAGAGCGGCCACCGGAUGGUCUUCGAGCAGGAUCAGUACGGCACCGACAUCAGCCACGCCGUCCACGUCGAGAGCGUCAAGAUGGUGCGCUUCACGCAGAGGCAGCGCACGUGGGACCUGGACGUGAGCAUCGACGAGUUUCAACCUGCCCCUGUUCGAGGUCGACGCGGGCCGAAGGAGCCUACUCAGGCAGCGCUCGAGCAACGCGAAGCGGCAGGUCACGCCCCCUUCUGGGACUGGUGCUACUGCUGCCUGGCUGGACGUGGCCGUGCAGAUAGCCGCCCAGCGGGCGCUCCUGGGAGAGCGCAUGCGAUACCGACCAUCGCGGUGGACUACGGGUACCCCGUGAAGCGGGAGGAGGUGGAGCGGGGCCAGUCGGUGCUCCCCAUCCUCGUCGGCAUCGGCUCAGCCAGUUCGCGCGUCAACGCUGACGUCCUCCCGUUCAGGGGUAUCCAGCAUGAGUGCAAAGUGGUCCGCGCCUUCGGUCAGGCGACGAGCCGCCUCAGGAAUGUGAAGAUCGAGGUCGUGCCCGAGCAGGCGCCAGCCUACGACAGCGCCAGCAACGGCCUGGCGGAAGUGGCAGUCAGGGAGGUCAAGGGCGUCGCACGGCCCCUGAGGGUCGCCCUGUCCCUGCUGCGUGGCGUCGACAACCCGAACGACCAUCCAGUGUUGACCUGGCUGGUAGCCCGCGCUGCGGGAUGCGUCGACCGCGGCGAGAUCGGCGCCGAUGGCUGGGCGCCGCGCGAGAGGCCCAAGGGCAAGGCCUUCUGCAAGGUGCUGCCGCCUUUCGGUGAGAUCAUCGUGUUCCUCCCGGGUACGAGGCGCGAGACGAAGUGCGAGGGGCGCUGGGCCGACGCGGCCCUGCUGCUCUCCAUUAGGGGCGCGCCGUGGAUGCCGACCCCAGUUAAGCCGGAGAGCGUUCGCAUCCCGACGGUCAUCGACGAGCCGCCUGUCGACGCCGCGGUGCAGCAGUCGAGAGUCGUGCCCGAGCAGGUCCCGGCUGAGCCUCGGAACGUCUACAUCCGCUGGAGCGUGGAGCCGGCCAAGUACGGCAUCACGGACGGGUGCCCAGAGUGCCGCGAGCGCAUCCAGCAGGCCGUGACGGACGACCCAGAGCUCGCUCCCCGCGCUUUCGGGGCAGCGGCUCGCCGGCUGGAGGCCGCUGACAGGGCGCCUGCGCGCCAGGGGGGCGCGGGCGCUGGGGCGCCCGUUUGCGCAGCUCGCGCGGCUGAGGCGCCGAUGGAGAUCGAGCGACCUGGCCGACAGGCUGUUCCGCGUCGGGGCUCGCCUGCGGAGCUGCCGCAGGCGCCGGCCACGCCGCCGGCGCAGGCCGCUGGGCCGAGCGGGCUGCUGCAGGCGCCGCCUGGGGCUCGGGGCUCCACGGGCGCGGACUCGCUGGAGCUCUGCGCGCUGCUGGCGGCUAUCGGCGACUGGAGGGUGGCCGUCAGCGAGCUGUGCGGGCCGGGGCGCUUCGCGUCGCGGUCGAGCCAGCCUCAUCGAGAAGCUGGCGACUGGAUGAUCCGGGAGAUCGCCGAGAUGCCUGGAGUACAUUGCGUUGAGUGUGAUCAAUGUGCGUACGGGUUGUGUUGCAACGAUGCCAUCGGCCCGGCGCCGGUCAAGAAGCCUACGGGCUGGCUGACCAACUCUGACGAGAUCGCCUGGGAGCUGACGCGCAGGUGCCCUGGGUGCGUUCGGCACUGCAAGACGGUCGGCCUGGGGCGACGCGGCGUGCGCGCCAUCGAGCGGUGCCCGCCGGGGCUGGUGGCUGCGGUGCUGCGCGGGCUGCGCCGUGAGGCGGUCGCGCGCGGCCAGCUGGGCGCGCUGGAGGCCAGGCCGCGCCUCGACGAGCCGCCGGUCUGGGACGCCUACCCAGAAUACUACGCGGAGAUCGUCGACAACAUCAGCGGGGCCGCCUUGGACCCCGAGCUUGUGGCAGCUGGCCGCAAGGAAGAGAUGGAGUUCCUGCGCGGCCUGGGCGCCUACGCGUGCGACUCCAAGCAGCGCGGCCGCGAGGAGACCGGGCGCGACCCGGUGCCUAUGGUCUGGGUGGAUGUCAACAAGGGCGACGAGCGCAAGCCCAACGUCCACUGCAGGCCGUGCGUGGCAGAGACACGGUACCGCGCGAGCAUGCACUUGGGGGGCCCGUCGCAGACCUUCAGCGCGACGCCCCCGUGCGAGGCGCUCAGGAUGCUAAUCUCCUUCUGCUGCUCGCCCUGGAACGUUGAGGAGGACCAUCGCGUGCUCAUGUUCCUGGGCGUCGCGAGGGCUCACCCGCACUGCGAGAUGAAGCGGAAGCUGUGGGUGAAGCUGCCGCAGGCCAGAACUUCUCAGCUGCUGGUUUGCGAGACGCUGGAGGGCAAGAUGGGCUUCGCUUGUGGCGUCUGGUGCCCCUGUAUCUACCGCAGUGGCGACGGCAAGCUCGUGGCCUACGUCUACGGCGACAUCUUCGUGCUGAAGGGCUCUCGCAGCGACAACCUGGAGUUCCACCGCGAGCUGCAGAAGCACAUGUGGGUCAAGCUCGAGUGCAUGCUGGGGCCCAACAAGAGUUCGGAUAAUGUUCAGGAAGUUGCGUGCCUGAACCGCAUCUUCCGCUGGACCUCGAGAGGCGACGUCGAGCUCGAGGCGGGCUCUCGCCGCGCGCUCGUCAUGUUGCAGCAGCUGGGCCUCUGGCGUGAGUCGAAUGCGCUCACGACGCCAGGUGUGAAGCCCAAGAGUGCGGACCGUGGCAGGGUCCUGGAGGGCGAUGAGGCGACUCGCUACCGCAGUCUGGCCAUGCGGGUCAGCUACCUCAGCAAGGACCGCCCGGACAUCAAGUACGCCGUGAAGGAGGCGGCGAUGUGCAUGCACGAGCCGUGCGAGCACGGCGUGGAGCGGGUCAAGAGGAUCGCCAGGUGCGGCGUCUUCCAGCUGGGGAACCACGUGAUCAAGGCGCUGGUGCACGCGGCGUCCUGCGGCAUCGGCCUGGUCUCGCUGGCGCGCGACAUGAGGUAUGAGUUAGAGCUGUGCUUGGCUGGCGACGCGACGGUGGCCUGUGGGAUAGCCCACCUCCGUGGAGCGGGACGUAUCAGACACAUCGAGACGAAGACCUUGUGGCUCCAGCGUCAUGUGACCGAGCGCCGCGUCCUCCUCUCUAAGACGCCGGGCAGGGUCAACGUGGCGGACCUAGGCACCAAGCACCUGACCCAGAAGGAGCUAGAUGAGAUGCUGGAGCUGCUAGGCUUCUACGUGGCUACGGGGAGGUCUGGCCUCGCUUUCGCGAUCGCGGGCAACUUGCUCGAGCCGGAACCGGCUUGCGACCGCGAGGGCGACGAGGAGAUGCAGGCGUGA